AUGGACGGUCUGUCUGAGGACUCGCCGCUUCUGCCGGUGGUCCUCACCGGAGACCUUCUUGAUCGUCUCCUGGAGCAUUGGUCGUCGUCUUCAGUGGCGGCCUUUGCAGUCUCGGCGUAUUUCACCUUUGUUGGGAACGCAGUUGAUCUAUCGUUGGUGUUGGCCUUUGUCGGCUGGAACCAUGCCUCGGCAAUAACCUCACUCAUCAAGAGCCUAGACUUGACACAGUUCGGACUUCUCGCCGGAGUCAUCGUUCCAACAUCGGUGCUGGGUUACCGGCUUCUUGGACGCAUUCUCAAUGUGCAAACUGUCAAGUGGAAUGGUCCUGGCCGUCCAUUCCUAGUUCCAAGUCGCACCACCCAUACUCGGCUGUUCCCCAAGAAGCACUCGUUUUCCUACUCAUAUCUCGUCGUCGGUGUUCCUGUUGGAUACUCGGGGAACGCUGAUGGCAUGAUAUCUGCUAACGUGCCUGGCCCAUCCUCUUGGUUGUCUUACAUCUUGGGACGGAGAGCCUGGUUUGAUGUGAACCCAGCCGACUACCUCCAGCGUGGACACAGAGAUGAUGGGUUGCGCGGAAAGUUGGAUGACUACCUCGAGAAACAGAAUGUUGAUCCUUCGCAAUACCCUUAUGCGUACCUUGUUACUGCUGCACGGUUCCUGGGCUAUCACUUCAACCCAGUGUCCUUCUGGUUUCUCUAUUCUCAUGAAAAGGUUCUAUCAGCCAUUGUUCUUGAGGUGAACAAUACUUUUGGCGAGAGACGUCCUUACCUGGUCAUUCGAGAUUUUGAGGCAGAACGACAUAUCCAGAAUCGCCCUGCCGACGAUGAGAGCCAGGAACCCCAACGUGGUCGAGUGAAAGCCUCUUGGAAGAAAGACUUUCAUGUCUCGCCUUUCAACUCCCGCAAAGGAUCCUACUCAUUACUUGCUAGCGAUCCGCUCGGCCCCGAAAUGGAAGGGUUUCGAGGAAUUGACAUCACGAUCAAUCUUUCAUCGUCAAAAGGCCACCCGAAGCUUGUUGCAAGACUCUUUUCCGAAGGCGAUGCUCUUGAGCCCAACUCAAUGGGUCUUUUCCAGAAGGCCAAGUUUCUUCUCGGAUGGUUCUGGGUUGGGUUCGUCACGUUUCCCAGAAUUGUCAAAGAAGCUGCGGUUCUCUUCUUUAAGCGCGGGCUUCACGUCUGGUAUCGUCCGGAGCCGCUCAAGGAGAGCAUGGGACGCUUGGCCGACAACAUUGAAAAGCAACUGGAAGAUGCAUUCCGCCAGUAUUUGCGUCAUCUCGUUCAGCAGUCACCCGCCCCGAUCACCGUCAAGUAUAUCCCAAGUGGAGUUGUUGGAGCUGCUGAAGAGGUCUUCAGUUCUUCGUCAGUGACAGGCUCAUCAGCGACUGCGGAAUCUGUCGAGAUCAAGGUCCUCACGCCAGUCUUUUACUCGCGCUUCGUUCAUUAUGCACACGAUUUCGAAGCUGUCUUUAGCGAGCUGGCCGAAAGCAGUACCCUUUGGGUUGAUAAGCCAGAGCUUCUCCCAAAGAUAUUUCUGAAGAAGGCCUCACCACCGCUGCAUGCGUCAAUCCCUUUCGAUUUCUUGUGCUUUCAGUUGAUCAAAAGCCUCCGGAGUCGACCAGAAAAGAUUGAGAGGCCAUUGACAUCGGCGGAUCCGGUAUCGUCGUCUUCGCAGGGUCUGGAUAUUCGGGAUUUUCGCAUUUCGUCGAUGGAUGCCUUUGUUAUCGGACAAGGAGACACGUCACUAAAGAAGGCGUAUAGAGCGGCUGUUCUUCGACUGUUUUUUGCUGACCGGAUCGCCUUGGGCAAUACUGACUUGCUUGGCAUGAUGGAACUUGGGGCAAGGGUGGGUGCGUCAUGGGUUCUCGCGUCUCUCAUCAACCAGGCGAUCCGGAGGUUCUCAUGA